AUGGCCCCGAAACCAAAGUCCAGUGAAUUUGUCGGUGAUUCCGAUAGUGAUUCCGAUUCUUACGAUCUUUCAUUCAAACCUCCAAAGGGAUACGUCAAAGUCCGAAGCUUUAAGGCUCUUCCAAAACAAUCACUAGAAAAUAAAGAAUUCUGGUUAGUUGAGAUACCCUCUGGUGUUGAUGCCAGCAAACUCUCGUAUAUACCUUUACCAGAAUCUGGAGAUGAGUCCUCUUCCAAGAAGAGUACCAAAAAACCCAGCACAAAAUCCACCCAAAGCAUAACCGUUAGUAUUGACGGUCAAGACUACAACGUUGCAAGCGACACCAAGAAUAAUACUCUUUCAAAAGACAAGGAUGGAAACUCUUCACUGCGUCUGCUGCUGCCACAAGCCCUCAGAUCGAAUUCGCACACAACAGAAAAGCUUUCGCUUUCUUCAAGGGAAAUUUCACGCGUUAUUUCGAUAACCCCUUCAGUCAAAAUCCCCAGCAUUGAUUACGAUAAGGCCAUUCAGCCCCAGCCACUGGUUGAGCAACUGACUGGAAUGGUUUUAAAGCACUUUGCCACAGGCUAUAGCGGCGGCGAAAGUGAAGACGUUACUGAAGAGCCUAAAGCUGUUUUAAAGCAUGAACGACAAGAGGAAGAAGAAGAGGAAGAAAAGCCGGAAAAGAAGCGCAAGAAAGAAAAGGUUGAGAGCGAAAAGAAAGAAAAGAAGGACAAAAAAGAAAAGAAAGAUAAAAAGGACAAGAAGGAAAAGGAAAAGAAAGAUAAGAAAGAAAAGAAAAGCAAGAAAUAA